GACAGACGUCAAUCUGUGCCAGGUGACAGUGAAGAGAGAGAAGGCACAGUGGAGACACCUGUUCAUUGAAAAAAAAAAAAGACAACUGUGCCUUCAUAGCUUUUUUCAGAACUCAUCUACCCAGCCCACCACCAUGAGGUUCCCUAAGCUGCCUAACCCAGGUCUGGAUGAAAGGAUACCGUCUCACCAGGAGCUGGAGAGGAUGGAGAAGGAGGAGGCCGGGGACAGGCCCAAGUGGGACAACAAAGCCCAGUACAUGCUGACCUGUGUGGGUUUCUGUGUGGGUCUGGGGAACGUGUGGAGGUUCCCUUACCUGUGUCAGAGCCAUGGGGGAGGAGCGUUUAUGAUUCCAUUCCUGAUCCUGCUGGUUCUGGAGGGCAUCCCUUUACUACACUUGGAGUUUGCCAUCGGACAGCGCCUCCGGAAAGGGAGCGUUGGAGUGUGGUCCUCGGUCAACCCUUAUCUCACUGGUAUUGGUAUUGCCUCCAUGUUUGUGUCCUUCCUGGUUGGUCUCUACUACAACACCAUCAUGGCCUGGAUCAUGUGGUACCUCUUCAACUCCUUUCAGGACCCUCUGCCCUGGAGUCAAUGCCCCCUCAACGCAAACAAGACAGGUCUGGUGGAGGAAUGUGCUCGAAGCACCUCAGUGGAUUACUUCUGGUACAGAGAGACCCUGAACACCUCAACAGCAAUCGAUGAGUCUGGAGGUCUCCAGUGGUGGAUGGUUCUGACACUGGUGGCCGCCUGGACCCUGCUCUAUGUCUGCUGUAUCAGAGGAAUUGAAACUACUGGCAAGGCUGUGUACAUAACAUCUACAUUGCCCUACUUGGUCCUCACCAUCUUCCUGAUCAGAGGAUUGACUCUCAAAGGUUCUGUGGAUGGAAUCAUAUUCCUCUUCACUCCAGAUGUGAAUGAAUUGAUGAACCCGUCUACCUGGCUGGAUGCAGGGGCGCAGGUGUUCUAUUCCUUCUCCUUGGCCUUCGGAGGGCUCAUCUCCUUCUCCAGCUACAACUCUGUGCACAAUAACUGUGAACAAGAUGCUGUCAUAAUCUCCAUCAUCAACGGCGCCACCUCUGUAUACUCAGCUACAGUCAUCUACUCCAUAAUUGGCUUCAGGGCCACUGAGAAGUUUGAUGACUGCGUGAGUGGAAACAUCUUGAUGCUGCAGAAUGCAUUUGACCUUCCAGAGGGUAACAUUACUGUCAGUAACUAUGAAGAAGCCUUCCAGCAUCUUAACAGCACAUUCCCUGGAGAUAUUCAGAGUUUGGAUCUAAAGAACUGCGAUUUGCAGCAUUUUCUAAGUCAGGGUGUGGAAGGAACUGGUCUGGCCUUCAUCGUGUUCACAGAGGCCAUCACCAAGAUGCCGAUCUCUCCUCUCUGGUCCGUCCUCUUCUUCAUCAUGCUCUUCUGUCUGGGGCUGUCCACCAUGUUUGGAAACAUUGAAGGCGUGGUUGUUCCACUUCAGGAUCUCAACUUCUUCCCCAAGUGGCCUAAAGAACUGUUGACCGGUGUGACUUGCUUUGUGUCCUUCUUCAUCGCCCUGAUAUUUACCCAGCAGUCCGGUAACUACUGGCUGGCUCUGUUUGACAACUUUGCUGGCUCCAUCCCUCUCCUCAUCAUCGCCUUCUGUGAGAUGGUGUCCGUUAUUUAUAUCUAUGGGAUAGACAGGUUCAAUGCAGAUAUUGAGUUCAUGAUUGGACACAAACCCAACUUGUUCUGGCAGGUGACGUGGAGGUUCAUCAGUCCCGUGAUCAUGCUGUUCAUUUUCAUCUUCUACCUGGUCACCCAGCUGAGCGGGACACUGACCUACCUUGUCUGGGACAUGGACACGCCGGAAUUCCCUACCCUGGCAGACCGUGAGUACCCGGCGUGGGUCUACAUCAUCAUCUUCAUCCUGGCUGGUUUUCCCAGUCUGGCAGUCCCUGGAGUCGCCAUAUUCAAGUUCAUCUACAACCGCUGCUGUAAGAAAGACAAAGACUACAGUGAAAACACAAUCAACAGUGUCUCCGCUAAAAUCCCUAUGAGUGAAAAAACAAAUGACUAUGCAUGCGAUUUACCUUCAGUUGUGGAUUUCAAUAAAUAGGUUUGUGUUUUUUUUCUCUAGUCAUUUUUAUUUUGUUGGGAACAAUGAAUUACACAAAUGACAGUGGAAAGCAUAUGCGAAUAUCCUCACAUUUUUGUAAACAACAAAUUAGUUUAUUACCCAAUGCAUGGCAAUAUCAUGCUGAAAGAAUGUAAGCAUGUAACAAAGUUAUUUCAUGUUAUGUACAGUAUGUGAAUUAUUGUUUUAGUUUUGUAUACUUUAUACAUAAUGCAAAUGGUACCGAAACAUUUGGUUUCGCAAUAUAUUAAUGUCUAUUAUCUAUUGAAUACAUAGAUCUGUAUUAUUCAAUAUGGUUUUUAUGGUUCAUAAAAAGUUAAAUAAUGCAAGUACGUUUCUGUCUAUAUGCAAAUGCUUUUUUUGUUGUAUAAAAAAAGCUAAUCUUUCAAAACACCCUGGCAGUGUACUGGCUUUCACUCUUAAUCCCUCAGUUUCUGUGUGUCUGUUACUUGACCCUCCUCUGUCUA